AUCAUCGAAAUAAAACCUGAAUAUAGCUAUGAAAGACUUAUCGCCAUUAAACCAAAAGUCAUUUGCCAGCUUAUGAUUUGUGAAUUACAUAAAUCUAAUCUGCAUGCAGUUAUCUUGACCUCGAACGUUGGAGUCUGGUUAUUAGGCACAAGAUAGGAACACUGCAGUUCUACGCCUUAUUGACGACGGAGUGAGGAACACAGCACUAAUAUUCACAAUCAGCUUAUCACGAAAGAGCGUUGCAGUCGGAUCUUCAGAUCGAUUUUGUGACAAAGUCUACUUUCGGCUAAGAUUCAGUGGUCUCGUCUACUCAAUUUUAACGUCUCGACGAUGCUUUCGUCGUGGAAACUUUGUUGUGCGAGGAUACCGCAGCGAUGGGUAUUCACAGUGAUGGGAUGUCUGGCAGCUGUAAACGCUUACACCAUGCGAAUAUCUAUGUCGUUAGCGAUCACGGAGAUGGUCGUAUCUGCGAAAACUUCAAACAGUACGAGUUCGAACGAAAUUUGUCCAUCAUCCGAUUCGACAAACUCGGGUACCGGUAGCGGUGGCAGUUACGAAUGGGAUUCUUAUACACAAGGAAUCAUUCUGUCGAGUUUCUACUGGGGUUACGUGUUCACUCAAAUUCCGGGUGGAAUGCUGGCUGACAAAAUUGGGGGAAAGUACGUCCUGGGUUUGAGCAUCUUCUCGACUGCCAUAUUCACACUUCUGACGCCGGUGGUGGUCGAAGCAUUCGACUCUACGGGUCUCAUAAUCCUGCGCAUCCUGAUAGGCUUAGGGGAGGGAGUGACCAUACCAGCCAUGGCAGAGCUCGUACCCCGAUGGUCCGCGCCGGGUGAAGAGUCAACCAUCGCGACGGUCGUGACAUCGGGAACCAAACUUGGAACCGUGCUGGGCAGCGCGCUCUCGGGAGCUAUGAUCCAAAAUUCAUCUAUGGGCUGGCCGCUGGUAUUUUACGUCUUCGGUGCAGCCGGUGUGCUCUGGUUCUUUGCGUGGGUCUUGCUUUGCUACAACAAUCCCGACGUCCACCCCUUCAUAACCGAGUCGGAGAAGAACUACUUGCGGAAAACGACAAACUGCAAAAAAGAGCUGGUACCGACACCCUGGCGACACAUUCUGACCUCAGUUCCAGUCUGGGCUUUGUUGAUUGCAACUAUCGGUAACGGUUUCAGCUAUUUCACCAUGGUCACGGACCUUCCUCUCUACAUGAGCAACGUCCUCAACUUCUCUGUUCAGUCGAAUGGCUUUUUGUCGGCUCUUCCCUCCCUGCUUAUGUGGAUCGUGAGCGUUGCAGCGUCAUGGGUUGCCGACUGGUUCAUAAAGACACGGAAAAUGAGUGUCACGAACGUGAGGAAAUCUUUCACCGCCGUCGCCAUGGUCGUGCCAGCCAUUUUUAUCGUCACGGCAUCCUACGUUGGCUGCAACCGCGACGUCGUCGUUGUUCUCUUUGUGCUCGGCAUGGGUUUCAUGGGCCUAGGUACUCCCGGGAUUUUCAUUAACCCGAUAGAUUUGAGUCCCAACCAUUCUGGAACCGUCAUGGGAAUGAAGUCGACGAUCAACGCUCUGGCAGGGAUAGCCGCUCCGUAUCUUAUUGGCAUUCUGACGCCGAAUCAGACGGUUUCCGAGUGGAGAGUCGUAUUCUGGAUCUGCUUUGUCUCUUUCUUAGAAUGUGCUCUCGUCUUCGUUAUCUGGGGUAAUGGAGAGAUUCAGGACUGGAAUAACCCGGAUUUUCAAUUUCGACUUGAUAAACAACCGGUGACUAAAGUACAAGAUGUCGAAGACGUUGCUAGGUCAGACAUAACGGCUCAACUGCCGUCGAAUUAAAUAGAGAUUCUCACGCCGGAAUGCUUUGCAUUCAGUAUUGGAUGAACUCGAAUCAAAAGAUUCUUAAUACGCAAUAACCUCAGCGUUCAUUUGUCCACUCCAUUCCUGGUCUUUAAUGAACCCGUUUUCCAAUCAGACUAAUCGGAAUUCAUGGUCUGAUUCUCCAUGCUCUGAACACAAGGACGUGUCUAUCGGUCAUUUUCGAGAAUGUCAAUCGUACGUUAUAAGUUAAUUAAGUUUGCAUACGAGCAAAACAAUCUAAUCUGAAUCCAGAUUUGCAUUUGGCAAUUGGGCGGCCAAGACGAUAACAGAAAUAAACCAAAAUCAAAUCAUUUUCAAACAUACACAAAGUGCAAACUUCAUUAAUAAUACCGAAAAAAAAUUCGCUGUCGAAAUUUGCGUAACUUGGUAUUCGAAUUCAAGUACGAAAAAGUUAUCAUGAGUUUUAGAGGUCAACCCAAUGUAACCCCUCACAUCUGUUCAUACUUAUCACAUGUUUUGAAUAAUCUCUACAUUAUCUUUGAUUCAAAACACAGAUUAAUACGCAAUGACUUCAUUUAUAAUAUUCCCUGCGACUGUAAGCAUUGAUACAUCGAACAUUUAUUGAGCUUUCACCCCUGUUUACUGUGCUUUCGUCAAAAUUGUACCUCUGGGAAUAUGCGAGAUAAUUCAAAACGUUUCAACAUUGUUCAAUUGAAUGGAAAAU